AAACCGCGGCCGUCAUGGCCGACCCAUAUCCACCCAGCCGCGCCUACCAGGCGCAAUACCGAGCCGCCCAAGACCUUUUCGACCAGGAAGAAUAUGAAAAGUGCAUUGCAGAGGUCAGGAAGAAUCUCAGCGACCAGUCACUUCCUCCGUACUACGUCAUCAAGAACUGCAUGCUCAUCGCCUGCGCACAAGACGACUGGUCCGAAGGCGAGGCGUGGAGGCUCGCUGCUGAAAACGCCUUUAGAAGAUGCGUCGAGUCAUCCGUGCGUCGCAAUGACAAUGAGGCCUUGGAGAUCUUAGGCAAGUUGCGCAACGAAUUGGACAAGCUACCUGGAAUCCUGGAGGCAAACACGACAGGAGCGGAUACCGAUAUGGAGGAUGGGGACGAUGGCAUGGGCUUUGACGAGGAGGCGGAGGCUGAAUUCCAGGACGCCGAGGAUGAGGAUGCGAUCUGCUUCGAAGAUCCAAAGGAAGUUGCGGAGGCGGAAAAUGAGCUUGAGCGACGGGCUGAAAUCCAGGCAAAAGAGAAGCUUGAACAUGAGAAGCUUGAAAAUGCAGCGGAUAGCGUUCCAAAUGAGGCUGUGCCCACCGCUUCAGGACACAAAGAGCUCCGUAAGAUGCCAAGUUCUAGGUAUCUCCCUAGCCACUUUAUAGGAGGCCAGCGAAGGGCAUUGUCGAAGAAGAGGAGCUUUAUCCACAGGAAAGAUCCGGAGAGUAAGCAAAACUAGGCGAGUUACAUACCCCGAAAGCGAUAUCGAGAAGAUUCGCAGUCGCGACUUGAACAAACGAGAAGGGAUUUUGUCACUUAGACAUUCAGGCAGUACUGGAGGAGGUGUAAGCGCUUUCGAAUCGAGUGCGUGAGGUUUCCUCUUUAU